CAACAGGAGUACUAAACAACUUGAUCAAUCACUCAUUGCAUAUUAACAUAGAAUGGCAUUGCGUGGAUAUUACUUUGUUCUUCAUGCCCUUGUGUUUGCUGCUCUUGCAACCUCAGCCUUCUCAAAAUUGUCAUCUCAUUACUAUGACUACUCUUGUCCCAAAGCUUUGAGCACCAUCAAAACUGUCGUCGAGGCUGCGGUGCAGAAAGAACGCCGUAUGGGAGCAUCCUUGACACGCCUGCACUUCCAUGAUUGUUUUGUUAACGGCUGCGAUGGUUCAAUUCUUCUAGAUUCAACAUCCACCAUUGACAGCGAGAAGAAUUCAAAUGCUAAUUUCCAAUCUGCUAGAGGGUUUGAAGUGGUGGAUGAGAUCAAGCAGGCUGUGGACGAAGCAUGCGGGAAACCUGUUGUUUCUUGCGCAGACAUAUUGGCUGUUGCAGCUCGUGAUUCUGUCGUUGCGUUAGGUGGGCCAACAUGGAAGGUGAAACUGGGGAGAAGAGACUCCACCACAGCAAGUCGUGCAGCAGCAGAUGCAAACAUUCCAGCACCAUUUUUCAGCCUCUCUGAACUUAUCACCAACUUCAGGAACCAUGGUCUUGAUGAGAAGGACCUUGUUGUUCUAUCUGGAGGCCACUCCAUCGGAUAUGCAAGUUGUGUUACCUUUAGGGCUCAUAUCUACAACGACUCCAACAUCGAUUCCGACUUUGCAAAAAAUCUCAAAUACAUUUGCCCUACAGCUGGUGGUGACUCCAACCUUUCUCCUUUGGACUCAACUCCUGCUCAAUUUGACAAAAACUACUACUCGAAUUUGGUCCAAAAGAAAGGGCUUCUUCACUCUGAUCAAGAACUCUUCAAUGGUGGUUCCACUGAUGAUCUUGUCAAAGAGUACAGCUACGACACUGAUGAUUUCUUCGAAGAUUUCGCAGAUUCGAUGAUUAAGAUGGGAAAUAUUCAGCCCCUCACAGGGAAUCAAGGUGAAAUUCGUGUUAAUUGCAGGAAAGUAAAUCAAUGAGUGUGUAUCAUACAUACAGAAUAAUUCUUGGUGUGACAGUGUUGCACGAGUGUGAUUUAUAAUUUAUAUAUGAAUGUAUGUAUCGCUUACCAUAAAUUGUUUGUUUACAAACGGAUUCUGAAGAGGUACAACUUCUUUAGGUCACGAGUUGUU